AUGGACACGGCGAGGAUGAAUUCCUUCCUCGACUAUCCUCCCAUCCUGAACGGCGACUCCGCCACUUGCUCGUCCCGUGCCUACCACCACCACCACCACCAUCACCACCACCCCGACCAUGGGAUUACAACCACGUUCCAGUCGUGCUCUGUCAGUGCCAACAACUGCAACGGCGACGAUCGCUUCCUGGUGGGCAGGGGGGUCCAGAUAAGCCCUCACCCCCACCACCCCCACCAGCAGGCUGGUGCUUACCAGCAUCACCCCAAUCUGGGGGUGUCCUACUCACACCCCAGCUGUGGGCCCAGCUAUGGUGCGCAGAACUUCGGCGCAGGGGGCUACGGCCAUUACCCGCUCAGUCAAGAGGCAGAGAUGAAUGGGGGCUACCCCCAGUGCGCACCUGCGCUCUACCCUGGAAGCGUCUCGUCGCCCGUGGUUCAGCAUCCCCAGAGUUAUUCCGGGGGCGCAGUGAGCGCCACUCAUUACAUCCCCCACUCAUACGGAGACGAGCAACAGAACUUGCCCCUGACUAACUACAGCCACCCCUUGUCCCCUCUUCAUUCAAACCACCAGGAGACCUGCGGCUCGCCUUCUUCGGAGACAUCCCCUCCAGCCCAGACCUUCGACUGGAUGAAAGUGAAGAGAAAUCCUCCUAAAACAGGCAAAGCUGGCGAGUACGGGUACGUCGGUCAGCCCAACACCGUCAGGACCAACUUCACCACCAAACAACUGACGGAACUGGAGAAGGAGUUCCACUUCAACAAGUACUUGACUAGGGCCCGCAGAGUGGAGAUCGCUGCCUCGCUGCAACUGAACGAGACCCAGGUCAAGAUCUGGUUCCAGAACCGCCGGAUGAAGCAGAAGAAGAGGGAGAAAGAGGGCUUGCUGCCCAUCUCUCCGGCCACCCCGACGGGAAGCGAAGAAAAAACAGAGGAGUCCUCCGAAAAGUCCAGUUCGUCCCCCUGCACCCCCUCACCAGCUUCCUCUACCUCAGACCCUCUUGCUACCUCGAAUUGA